UUAAAACUCGCCAACUCAACAUCACCGCCCAAAGGCAUAUUUUCCACGGGUUUGUUUCCGCAAAUAUCCUGUUCUUUUCUUCCCAUAUGCGUUUUUCUGACGCAUCACAUCAAGCCUCUAAAAUCAAGAAGUAGGGAGCUUUGCCACCCAAGUCGAACUCUUGAUUCCUAGACCGUUUAUUUCACCGCCGUACCUCGAGUUGCAGCACCGACCCCGACGAUUCCAUCCCCUGAUACAACUCUGCUACAGCAAGGAGCCUGCAUCUAGUCUCUUGAUAAGCGAAACGGAACGCUCUUCAGAUCCCCCGAGGGGCAGCAUAUACGUGGCAAGAUGAGCCAAACAGUCUCACCGCAUGGCGGCAUUUCGGACCCCACCCUCAUUACUCUUGUCAACAAGCUUCAGGAUGUCUUCUCAACAGUUGGCGUCAACAACCCGAUCGACCUUCCCCAGAUAGCCGUCGUUGGUAGUCAGUCGAGCGGAAAGAGCUCGGUGCUGGAGAAUAUUGUCGGCCGCGACUUCUUGCCGCGAGGCUCCGGAAUCGUGACCCGGCGACCCCUUGUCCUCCAGCUCAUCAACCGACCCGCCUCGGGACAGUCCAACGGCGUCAGCGAUGACGCUUCCAACACCGACAAGGCGGCCAACGCCGACGAAUGGGGCGAGUUCCUCCACAUCCCGGGGCAGAAAUUCUACGACUUUAAUAAGAUUCGGGAAGAGAUCAGCCGGGAGACCGAGGCCAAGGUCGGCCGCAAUGCCGGCAUCUCGGCCGCCCCGAUCAACCUCCGCAUCUACUCGCCCAACGUCCUCACUCUCACCCUCGUCGAUCUCCCCGGCCUGACGAAAGUGCCGGUGGGCGACCAGCCCCGGGAUAUCGAAAGGCAGAUCCGAGACAUGGUGAUCAAGUACAUCUCGAAACCGAACGCCAUCAUCCUCGCCGUCACGGCCGCCAACAGCGAUCUCGCCAACUCGGACGGCCUGAAACUGGCGCGGGAAGUCGAUCCGGAGGGCCAGAGGACGAUAGGCGUCCUGACCAAGGUGGACCUGAUGGACGAGGGGACCGACGUGGUGGAUAUCCUGGCGGGCCGGAUCAUCCCCCUGCGGCUCGGGUACGUGCCCGUGGUCAACCGCGGCCAGCGGGACAUCGACAACAAGAAGCCGAUCGGCUCGGCGCUCGAGGCCGAGAAGAACUUCUUCGAGAACCACAAGGCGUACCGUAACAAGAGCUCGUACUGUGGGACGCCGUACCUGGCCAGGAAACUCAACCUCAUCCUCAUGAUGCACAUCAAGCAGACGCUGCCGGACAUCAAGGCGCGCAUCUCGAGCUCGCUGUCCAAGUACACGGCGGAGCUGGACAGCCUGGGCCCCAGCAUGCUGGGCAACAGCGGGAACAUCGUGCUGAACAUCAUCACCGAGUUCACCAACGAGUGGCGGACGGUGCUGGACGGCAACAACACGGAGCUCUCGAGCACGGAGCUGUCGGGCGGCGCCCGGAUCAGCUUCGUCUUCCACGAGCUCUACUCGAACGGCGUCAAGGCGGUGGACCCGUUCGACGUGGUCAAGGACGUCGACAUCCGCACCAUCCUGUACAACUCGUCCGGGUCCUCGCCGGCGCUCUUCGUCGGCACCACGGCGUUCGAGCUCAUCGUGAAGCAGCAGAUCAAGAGGCUGGAGGACCCCAGCCUCAAGUGCGUGUCCCUGGUGUACGACGAGCUGGUGCGGAUCCUCACGCAGCUGCUCAGCAAGGGCCUGUACAGGCGGUACCCGGGGCUCAAGGAGAAGGUGCACGCGGUGGUGAUCGCCUUCUUCAAGAAGGCCAUGGAGCCGACCAACAAGCUGGUCAAGGACCUGGUGGCCAUGGAGUCGUGCUACAUCAACACGGGCCACCCGGACUUCCUCAACGGGCACCGGGCCAUGGCGCUCGUCAACGAGAGGUACACGCAGGCGAAGCCGGUGCAGGUGGAUCCCAAGACGGGCAAGCCGCUGCCCGGCGGCACGCCGAGGGCGGCGAGCCCGACGGUGCCGGAGGCGGAGUCGUCCAAUGCGGGGUUCUUUGGCAGCUUCUUCGCGGCCAAGAACAAGAAGAAGGCGGCGGCGAUGGAGGCGCCCCCGCCGAUGCUGAAGGCGUCGGGUACGCUUUCGGAGCGGGAGAAUAUCGAGGUUGAGGUCAUCAAGCUGCUCAUCGCUUCUUACUUCAACAUUGUCAAGCGGACGAUGAUCGACAUGGUGCCCAAGGCCAUCAUGCUGACCCUUGUCCAGUUCACCAAGGACGAGAUGCAGAAAGAGCUGCUGGAGAACAUGUACCGCAGCGACACUCUGGACGAGCUGCUCAAGGAGAGCGACUUUACGAUCCGCCGAAGGAAGGAGUGCCAGCAGAUGGUCGAGUCGUUGUCGCGGGCCAGCGAGAUUGUGAGCCAGGUCCAAUAAAACAGACAGGCCACGAAAGGAGCGAAGGCUAUUUCAUGAGAAGGCAGGAAUUAUUAGACACUGUAGACGACAUGCGGCCUGGUGGGAGACAAGAGGUAAAUGCAGAUAUGAUACGUUGGGGGGGGG